AUGCAAGCGAGCUACGACGAGCUGCGCGACGUCGCCGCCAAGGCCGUGUCCAUCUUCGCGUCCGCGAACCUCAGCUGCUGUCUCAUGGGCAGCCUGGCAUGCAAGCUGUACGGCACGACGCGCGCCCCGAACGACGUCGACCUGAUCGUCCUGACGAGUGCGCACGCGCAGGAGCCGCUCAAGCGCAUGCUCGCCGCGGCCGACCGCAACUUCACCCUCGUCGCGUCCAAGGCGCGCUUCGCGACGUACAAGGUCGUCUGGUACCGCCUGCCGCCGCGCGACGGCGCGUCCGCGCGCCGGUGCAAGGUCGACAUCCUCGUGCCGGGCACGCUGAACAUCCCGCACGUCCCCGCGGCGCACGUCGCCACCGUGCGCGGCCUGCCCGUCGUGCCGCUCGCGGUGCUGCUGCUGCUGAAGCUGCAGGGCUGGACGGACCACCGCGCGGCGCGGCGCGUCGACAUGGUGGUGAAGCAGCACGACGACGUGAGGGACAUCGACGACCUCCUGGCGAUCGCGCGCAGGAGCGGGGUGGACGUGCGCAGGGAGAGCCUCCCGUGGGUCCCGAGCACGUUUCUCGACGCGGGCGACCUCCGCAUAGCGCAGUACACGCGCAUACAUCCCGCAUCGGCUGUGCAGUGGCAGGAACUGGGUGCGCAAGUGCCUGCGUGA